AUGGCUGCCGCGGAAUCGUCCGAGUCUCUGCAGGUGUUCGACGAUGAACUGUGGACACUCGCACCGCCUGUCAUGUUCGGCUGGGCGAACCGGUGGCAGGUGUUAGUCCUGCUCAUCGCCACUAGGACGCAUCAUCAAGUUGAGUCGCAACUCUUUGGGGCACCAUCGUACUACAACCCUUUUUCCCUCUUCCCUCCGCCUUUCCUGAACACGCCAAGACCGGCCGCUAACGACCGGGUGAUCACGCAAAGUGUGCCGACAUUACGUCGGCCAAGUGCCAGCGAGGAAACAGCGCCGAAGCAGAAGCGUCCGGGUAAGCAGAGACGCAGGAGGAUACGCCCGAAACCAUCACAGAGUCCGGUCGUAGUGGAACCUCCGGGAAUGAUCAAAGAGACACGCAUGCCGUCCCCGGAACAAGCAUCGACCGGAGUGUCGCGGCUACAAAACCACAACAUGCACGGAAACGCGUCCGUCAUUGGGCGGUCAACAGUUGAGCCACAUGGUCCACUCAUCUCACACCGGCUGGAGGAGGAGAAAGAAAAAAACCUCCAGCUGUAUCAAGUUCACCAAUGGAUGAGUCAACUGCAGUCAAACGAAGAGAAACGUGAGGAAGACAAACAGCACGACGCCCGCCCUGGUGUCAGCGAAUCCGCGUCUUACAGCGUUUACCAAAGCCCUCCAAUACUAUCGAUCCCUUUAUCGCAAGGUGCCAGCCACGCUGGGGAAGACUUCGAAGCUCCAGCCGGGACCUUCUCUCCCCCACCGUGUGCAAAACACAACGGCUACUAUUGCCCCUACACUGAAGACUACCCAGUGGAAACCGUAACCCAAGUAACGAGGUACUUAAAGUGGCCAUUGGAGAAGCUGUUUAAAGACCUGCGACAUCUACGGAGUGCGACCCCAAUAUCUACGGACGGCGGAGCACUGGUCUGCGACUCACUCACGCACGCUAUACGACCGGGUUGGGUGAAGAACACGGAUGGACGGUGGCUCGUCGCGCUUAACACGGAAGAGUACGAGCAACACGUCACUGAAGUGCAUUGCAGGUAUACUACAGCACCGUGCAAUUUCAUACCUCCUUGUUACCACGCCCUCUGCCAACAAAGGUUCAACAUUCAAACGCUGCUCGUGAUCGAUCCCAUCAACCCACACCAGGGCCCAUUCCUGUCAAAGUGUUUGUUUCCGUCGUGCUGCGUCUGUCGCGUGGGUGUUGCGACGACGUCAACCUUCGAGCAUACAAAAUCUGCCUUCCAUCAGGAUCUCUGACGUUGGCGAAAGACUGGCUUAAUGCAACGCGUGCCUAAUCUCGGGCUCGCAUAUCAUAUUCAUAAUAUACGCUUUAUUUGCGUCAACGGGUAAUUACAAAGCAGCCGAAAGGCUCAUUCGCACAACGGCGACACUUCUACCGCAGCACAGAGGGAUUCCAAUCCUUUCUUUGUCAAUGAAAACGAUGUUGUGCUGACAGCAGAUGCCGCCCUUUUGUCAUGUGGAUAAGUCAGCGGAAAGUGAGCGCUCGGUGGUGCGGCGUUUUAGUUCCGUGCGUAUAGUUUUAGAGGCAUAGAAAAGGUCAUGUUUUAAUCAGGGAUCGAAACCGUUAUGUUUUCCGAUUCGGUUCGCGUUCGGGUUUAUGCUUAUUGGUUCGCUUCGGGUCCGGCUCCACAAAAUAUCGUUUAAAACGGUUCGAACCGGCCUUCACUCAUGGUAUACAUCCUGCUGAGGAACUGGUCGUUAUUUUCACAGCCGAAAAUGAAAGCUUGGGGUUUUCUGGACGACAAAAAUCGCGUACAAGGAAUGCCUACAACUGCAAAAAGGACGAUCUCAAAACUAACACAACUGAACGAAAGCAAUAGCCGCGAGGAGGAAAUAAUUAAUAAUUGGGUGUUUACGUCGCGAGACAACUGAGGCGAGGAGGAAAUACCUCGCGCACUUGCGAUUGCAGUGUUGUUUCGUUCAACUUGGGAUUUCUUGUGCAACGCGACUCAAUCCGUUGUGUAAAUAGUUUCGAUAUCUCACAACGCACAUUACGUCUGAACCUUUUCUCGAACAGGUAACCGCUUAAACCUAUUUCGGUUCAGUUCCGGUUCCGAUCCCUGUAACACGCCAAUCGAAACAGCACAACAUCUUGGCCUAACAUUGCGUGGAUAUUGGCCCACACUCCUAAAAAUUAACUUCGCCUCAUGGCACGCUCCUAG